GUGAUUUUAGGCUCAAAUUACAAAAAUGACAUGUAUCCCCGAUAGCUUUUUUAACCCUCGUUCCCUUCCCAAUAUUCCGCUAACCUCUUCUACGGCUGCCAAGUGAAGCCAUCCCCGAAUCGCAGCAACUUCUGAGUCCAGCUUUCUUCGAGAUUGAUAAAUCGCCGACUCACCCAAUCCUGCCUGCCUCCAUCCCUCUAGGACCCAGCUGUCCAGGUACAGAACGGAGAGAUAGCAAGAUAUAAUGGUCAGAAGUGUCAAAAGUGCUAAGAAGGCUAAGCGAAAGAGAAAGGAUGGGAAGAAAGGAGAAGCAGCAUCUUCAUUGAAUUCGAUGCCUUCCAUGCCAGCGAAGGUGUGGCAACCCGGUGUAGACCAGUUAGACGAAGGAGAACAGCUUCAGUUCGAUCCUUCUGCUUACAACACUCUACGUGGCUUUAACAUUGGGUGGCCUUGCUUGAGCUUUGAUAUUCUACAUGACUCUCUAGGGUUGGUGCGGACAGAGUUCCCGCAUACUGUGUACUCUGUGGCAGGAACUCAGGCCGAGAAAAGCUCAUGGAACUAUAUUGGAAUAUUCAAGACAUCUAAUAUAUCUGGAAAGAGGCGUGAGUUAGUACCCAAAAUUAAAUCUGAAGAUAACAUGGAAAGUGACAGCAGUGAUAGUAGUGACAGUGAAGAAGAAGAAGACGAAGAUGAAUCUGCAAACCUUGUUUUUCAGCUUCGUAAGGUGUCUCAUGAAGGAUGUGUUAAUCGCAUACGUGCCAUGACACAGAACCCCCAUAUUUGUGCUUCAUGGUCAGAUAGCGGACAUGUUCAGAUUUGGGAUUUUAGCUCUCAUUUAAAUGCAAUGGCGGAAUCACAAGGUGACAUUAGCCAUGGGGCCUCUGAAGUUUCUAGUCAAUCACCUUUAGUUAAGUAUAGAGGACAUAAAGAUGAAGGCUAUGCUAUUGACUGGAGUCCUCUUGAUCCUGGAAGGCUCGUAUCAGGGGAUUGCAAGAGUUCUAUUCAUCUAUGGGAGCCAUCUUCUGGAGCAACAUGGAAUAUUGAUCAAAAUCCUUUUAUUGGACAUAUUGCAAGUGUUGAAGACCUGCAGUGGAGCCCCACAGAACCUUCUGUAUUUGCCUCUUGUUCUGUGGAUAAAAAUAUUGCAAUAUGGGAUAUACGUGUCGGAAAAUCUCCUGCAGCAUCGAUAAAGGCACACAAUGCAGAUGUUAAUGUUAUUUCUUGGAACAGGUUGGCAAGCUGUAUGCUGGCAUCUGGAAGUGAUGAUGGGACAUUUUCCAUCCGAGAUCUUAGAUUGCUCAAGGAAGGAGAUGCUGUAGUUGCCCACUUUGAGUAUCAUAAAAGCCCAAUCACAUCUAUUGAAUGGAGUCCACACGAAGCAUCAACACUUGCAGUUACAUCAUCAGACAAUCAAUUGACAAUAUGGGACCUUUCUUUGGAAAGAGAUGAGGAAGAAGAAGCAGAGUUCAGAGCAAAAACCAAGGAGGAGGUGAAUGCCCCUGCUGAUUUGCCACCACAACUUCUCUUUGUCCAUCAGGGUCAGAAUGAUUUGAAGGAACUUCACUGGCAUUCCCAAAUUCCUGGAAUGAUCUUAUCCACAGCUGCUGAUGGUUUUAACAUCUUAAUGCCAUCAAACAUAGAAAACAUGCUCCCUCCAGCCAAGGCCCAAGGAUGCUUAAGUUAAAAUUCAUUUGUUUUCUAAAGCUCAAUUCUUGCUUCUUUGGUAGUAUUUAUGUUUCCAUGUCUAACAAUUAUCUUUGUUUUCAAAUCUUUUGCAUAAAUGUAUUCGCGGGCUGUCAAUUUUGUCCAUCAGGUAGCUUCUUGUCGGCAUUUUGAAAGGAAAACAACUAGUUUCUUUAGAGAGAGAAAUAUCACUUUGUGAUCAAUGUCUGAACAAUUUGAUUUAUUUGUCUAGAUAUAAUUGCAAUGUUUGGAUCUAGAGAAUCUCAUGAAUUGGUGUCCAACAAUGUAAUAAUACAAAAGUAUCCAUGAGCAUAGUUUAUCGUUUGAAAUAGUAAAGGAAGCACGAACCACGUCUUCA